AUAAAAAUGGGUGGCAAAUUUGAAAUCUCAAAGGAACUUGAACACCCGGUCAAGAAGGAAGAUCUGGUUGACCGUAAGCCUGAGUGGAGGGAUAUCUUGCCAUAUUUCACAUCAGUUAUCUUUGUGGUAUCAAUCCCAAUUGUAUAUCAUAUUACAGGCUAUCAUCUUCUGCCAAUAUGGAUAGGCUAUGCUGUACUUCCUUUCAUAGAUCUUGUUGCCGGAAAUGAUAACUCCAAUGUUUCCAAGAAGUUUGAAGAGGCAUUUGAAAAGGAUUGGAGAUUUUUGAUCCCGAUGUAUACUUUAUUCAUCUGAGAUUUCCUAAUUUACAUCUGGGGAGUGUAUUUAAUCGCCUUUAAAGAGCCUGAGAUAACUAAAGAGAUGAUAAUUAUUAUGUUCUGUAUGGCUCAUUCGAGUGGAUUCACUGGGUUAAUGGGCCACGAACUGUUUCACCGAAGGUUCUGGCUACACAAACUUGUUGGUACUAUCUCAAUGUGCAAAUUUUUCUAUGGUCAUUUUGUGAUGGAGCAUUGUGCAGGCCAUCAUAUCAAUGUUGGCACAGUGGAAGAUCCUGCUACAGCAAGAAGAGGAGAGAGUUAUUAUAAAUUUCUGUUUAGGAGUUCUCUCUCUGGAAUUAAAGACGCUUUUAAUAGAGAAGUUGAAAGAGCAGAGAGAUGGGGACAUUCAGGCUACGGACUUUAUAACAAAGUCAUCUUUUUAACCGCAUGUCAGACCUUUUGGAUUUUGCUAAUGAUAUAUUUUUUUGGUCAAAGAAUGAUUCUUUUGCAUUUAAUUUAUAUCCUCCUUCCAAUUGCUUUAUUAGAAGGUGCAAAUUAUGUUGAGCAUUAUGGGAUAGAAAGGAAAAAGAUUAAUAAAAAUUAUUACGAAAGUAUUAAUCACUUACAUUCUUGGAAUACUCCUCAAAAAGUGACUAAUUAUCUCUCUUUCAGGCUCCAGAGGCAUUCUGACCACCAUGUUCAUAGUUACAGGCCUUAUCAAACUUUGAGAUCUUAUGAAGUAUCUCCUCAGCUUCCAUUUGGCUAUGAAACAUGAAUCACAAUGUCAUUAAUCCCAAGUCUUUGGUUCAAAGUAAUGAACCCAAAAGUUGAUGCAUUAAACCUAGGCAAAGUUGUAAACCCUAAAAAAGCUGAAAAGAAUGCCAGAAUUGGGCACUAUUUUGUUAUUAUCAAAGGAAUAGUUCUGACUGCUGUCUUCCUGAUAAUAUCAAAUAUUUAGUAGAAAAGCAACAAUUUGAUUCUCAA